CCUCCUUUGUGCAACAUAAACAAAUAACAAGAAAUGAAAAGCGUAUCUCCGUGCUAAAAAGAUUCAGCGGUGCAAGUGCAGUGCAGUGCAGUGCAGUGCAGCCCACUAAACAAAACCAGCUCGCUCGCGCGCAGUGAUUUAAGCUAUAAGCAAAUCCUAAUCCUCCUAACACACACACACACACACACACACACACAAUGAGCUUCAUCGACGAUGGCAUUGACCUAGACCCUUCAGACUUCGGCUCAUCGGUCCCUCUUAAAAAAGUCCCGAACGGCGACGUAUUCCAAGCUUCCCGCGCUGGCGACCUCGACCGUCUCCGCUACCUUCUCGAAUGCGGCGUUAACGUCAACGCCCGCGACCAAUGGGACUCCGUCGCACUCUACUAUGCUUGUCUCGCCGGUCACCUCGACGCCGCUCGUAUGCUUCUCGAAAGCGGUGCUAUCUGCUCCGAACAUACCUUCGACGGUGACCGUUGUCAUUACGCUGCUCUCAAUUUGAAGGUUCGUAAACUUCUCAAAGCGUUUGAAGCUCGCCCUCCUCCUUUGGACCCCUUGCAGUCUUCUCUUCGUGAUACUUUCUUCGCUUGUCCCGCUAAUUCGCUUUCCGGUGGCUUUCAGUUUCCUGGUAUUUCAUCCACUCAAGGAUCCAAUUCCAACUACUUUCCUCCAGAUGUGGUUUUUACUGUACAAGGAAGACCCAUUGAAGCUCACAGAGUCAUAUUAAGUGCAAGGUCACCAUUUUUCAAGAAAAAGUUUGAGACUGAUUGGAAAGAACGCAGUGAAAUAAGAUUUUCAAGGGAAAAGUUGUCCUAUCAUGCACUUUAUAGCCUUAUACAUUUCUUUUAUUCGGACAGAUUAGAGAUUGCUGUGGAUGACAUGGAAGAUCUUGUGAGAAUUUGCAAAGUAUGCAAAUGUGAAUCACUGCAGAAAAUUCUUGAGAAAGAAGUAAUUCAUCAAAAAUAUGCAGAGUAUAAAGCAUUGAUAGAUGAUGACAAUUCUCAGAAACGGUAUAUUUUACAGGGUCUAUCCCUUCCUGAAGAAGAUAGGCUUCCUGCAGCCUUGCGCAGAAUCCUUUUGACAGCCCUUUCAAAUUCCACUCAUGAAAAUGGUCAAGAUAGCGGAAUCGAUAAAUUGGUAUCUAGGAUGGAUGCCAUGAAUAUGGCUAAAUCUCUAGAUGAUCUGGCUGAUGUUUGUAUCAGAGUUGAUGGCAAAAAUUUUCGAUGCCAUAAAGUUAUUCUAGCAUCGAGGUCAGAAUAUUUCAAAGCAAGAUUAUCACGUAUGAAGGAUUUCCACGAAGGGAAAGAUGAAUUAUAUAUUGACUUCCUUCCUUGCCUUGAAGAACAUGACAUGAGUAUGGAAUCAUUUGAGAAAAUGAUUGAAUAUAUGUACACUGAUCGAUUGCAUGAAAUAAAUCCAGAUCAGGCUGAAGAAAUGUUCGAUAUUGCUUCUAGAUACUUAAUGUUUCCUCUUAAGCGUGCGGUGGCUGAUGUCUUGUUACCACACUUGGAAAUGGUGUCACCCGAAGAACUUUGCAAUUGGUUAAUGCUAGCGGACAUGUAUGGUGUUUUCAAGAUUCGGGAACACUGUCUAGACACCAUUGCCUGUAAUUUUGAAACAUUUGCUGAUACUAAAGAAUUCCGGGCAAUGCUGUUGACUUUGCCUGCACCAUCUGGAGAUUCAUCUCUUCGUACCACUGUCCCGAGCAUUCCUGGAUCUGCCCUGAAUAAUGAUCAAGGAAAUCUUCUUGAUGAUUUACGUGACAAAUGGCUUGAAAUUGAAGCUGCUGAGCUUGACGAGAGAGAUGAGAGUGCUUUGCAAUUUGACAAGUGCCUUGAGAUGCUUUUGAUUGUUGCAGAGCAAGAAAAAUCAUCAGGAAAUGCUGAUUCGGAAGGUAUUAAUGCUAUCACACGCUUGACUUUCUCUCCAAUCACACCUGUAGUUUCAGGUGAAGAAAAAGAACCGUAGAUUUCUGAACCCUGUUUUCUUGAAAUGUAUAGAUUUUUUAGAUAAUCGCGGUGGUAGUUUAAUUUAGAGAUAGCAUGAUACUAAGUUAGGUUGCUUGGAGUGGUUAAGUUGGUUUUUAGUAACUGAAGUUGCUCGGGCAUUCAUUGAUUCAUAAAGUUCUAUUUAUAUUAUUAUUAUUACACGAUAGUCUUGACAUUUUGAUUGCUUACAUGAUUGUGUGCUUGUUCUAA